UGAAACACUCUGGGACCUUUCACUAAAAGGGUCAUCCGUACACCCCCUUUUCACAAUCGCAAAAACCUCCCAUUUGCCCCCGACAGUUCAGGGGGCGCACGUGACUUAAAGUAUUCUCCGGUGGUAAUGUCCGAACCUCGGCACUACAGCCAUAACAAGAACCUCUGCUCGAGUAGCUCCCAGAAUUGGGGGAAUAAAGCCAGGUUGGGAAGUGCUCCUAAUAUUCCUCGUGCUAGUCUGCCUCCUUCUCCUCCUCAUCAUCAUCAUUCUUCGUGUCGCACUCCCCCGAAUCAUUCUUAGGUUUUCACUGGUCGAUUUACCGGGUCCACCGCUAUUUAUCAUACAAGCAUGGGUGCGCAACGACGAGCUUCCGACACCCCGACGAUAAAGCCGCCGCCGCCGGCUAAUCCUGAGAAGUCCGAAAUUGAAAAUAAUCUUGAGAUAACGGUGCUGGGGGAGUUGGGCGAGGGGGUUUUCACAAACACACGGGCUUUGUAUAAGCCGACUGGGGCGAGGGGGAUUUACGGCGGUUGCGUGAGUCCUUGUGUAGAAUCUGGAUUUUGAGUUGGUUGCUGAUGUUUGAGAUACAAUAGGUAAUCGCGCAAUCGUUGGCAGUAGCACAAAAGACAGUCCCAGACGGGAUGAAAAUUCAUAGCAUGCACUGCUACUUCAUCCUCGCCGGGAACAGUACGGUUCCUAUAGUCUACCACGUCGAGAACGUUCGCUCCGGCCGGUCCUAUGCCACCCGCAGCGUGCACGCUAAACAGAAGGGCCAGACUAUAUUCACGACGACAUGCUCUUUUACCCGUCCCAUCUCGGAGGACACGGACGAGCCGAAACAAACAGUUCAGCACUCUAUACAGUUCCCUAAGGAGGUCACCGUGCCAGAAAACUGCCCGACGGGAGCCCAGAUGAUAGAUAAAUGGCUGAGCGAGGGCAGAAUCGACGCCGAAGUGGCCGAAUUCUUAAGGGAGCGUGAAGGGAGCGACCCAUUCGAAUUUCGAAGAGUUGGGAUAGUAAACGACACCCCGGAGACGGACCCCGUGCACAAAAUCCAGCGACAGUGGGUCCGCGCUCGGGGAAAUAUCUCGGACGAGGAGGCCCACUUACCCGCCCUGGCGUACUUCUCCGAUAGUUGGUUCCUCGGCACGGUGGUUAGAGUGAACCCCCAGGCCCGCCACGGGCAGGUCGGGAUGACGGUAAGCCUCGACCACGUUAUCUACUUCCAUAAUGCACGGAAGACGAGGGUAGAUCGGUGGCUGCUUGUGGAGUCCGAUUCGCCGUGGGCGGCGGACGAGAGGGCGCUGGUCACGCAGAGGAUUUGGGACCCAGAGGUUGGGUUGCUGGCGACCUGCUACCAGGAGGGACUAGUGAGGUUGAAGGAUGGCAGGGAAGGGGAGAGUGAGAAUAACGUUAUUAGUAAAUUGUAAUGCGCUGUUGGGUUGGGGGGGCUCCUAGUAUUAUAUGGAUGGAGUUGCUCCUGGGUUGGCCUUUCUUAAACUCCGUAGUUAGACUUUUUUCGGUGAUCACCCGGUUGCCGCUGUCAAUCGUCUAUGUACCGUUUUCUUACCGUG